AGCGGCUCAGCGUCCACUGGUGGCACUGUUACCAUGGAAAUCCCUAUCGCAGCAGCUUCCUCAGUGAAGCGAGCAGAGCCGGAGGAGCGUGUUCAGCACCAUGGACAGCAUCGUGUUGGAGCUGCGUUCCAGCACAGAAACUAUCGCAUGCUGAUCGUGAUCGGAGAGAUUUCCACCAGCCAUCACCUCGACACUGCCAGGAAACAGAUCCCCCGAGGUUUACGCUCCUGGAACGUCGAUCUGACUGAUUGUGACCUGAACAGGGAGCUGCAGCUUUUUGAGACCAGACACACCGCUCAGUUUUCUUCAGAGGUCAAAGGCCAGCGGAUUCUCCAAUAUCAGAGUGAUGUCCUGGAGACAGUGGUGCUGGUGAACCCAUCAGAGGAGACCGCUGCCUCAGAGAUUCGAUCUCUGAUCACUGACUUUGCUGGGAAUAAGUUGCUGAUACUGAGUGGCCAAAGCUCUGAGCAAGGAGGUGAUAUCCUAUUGCAAGGUGGAGCCUUCACCUGGCAGCACUUCUCCGACAUCAUCUCCAACCCUCAAGUGAUUGAACUUCUGUCCAGGGCGUCUUCAGAGCAGCUGUCCAGGCUUACAGUUUCCUGUGAGGGAGACGGGGGCUGGAGCUCCCUGGGCCAAAGCCAGGAGCAGCAGUCACUCCAAAAUCUUCUGGAAUACCGCCUGAACCCCGAGCCUCACCUCCCCGAAAUGGACGGGAUCACAGAGUUCACCGAGUAUGUCUCAGAGACAGUGGAUGUGCCAUCGUCCUUUGACCUUCUGGAGCCCCCGACCUCUGGAGGUUUUCUGAAGCUGUCCAAACCCUGCUGCUACAUCUUCCCUGGAGGCAGGGGAGACUCUGCUCUGUUUGCCGUCAACGGAUUCAACAUCCUGGUGGAUGGCGGUUCUGAUCGCAAGUCUUGCUUCUGGAAGCUGGUUCGCCACCUGGACAGGAUCGACUCUGUUCUGCUCACCCAUAUUGGUGCAGACAACCUCCCUGGCAUCAAUGGGUUGUUCCAGAGAAAGAUUGCAGAGCAAGAAGAGGGGCAAAACCAAGGAUCUGGCUCCAGCAGCAACGGUGAAUGGAUAAAGAACCUGAUCUCUCCUGAGCUUGGGAUUGUAUUUUUCAAUGUCCCAGAGAAGCUCCGGAUGCCUGAGUCCACGCUGAAAGUGAAGCGAAGCAUUGAGGAAGCAUCUCUUACAUUGCAGUACCUCAACAAGCUUGGUAUCACACCAGAGCCCCUUCACAGGGUAGUUAGCAACACCAUUGAACCCAUCACACUGUUCCACAAACUUGGUGUUGGAAAGUUAGAUAUGUAUGUCUUAAACCCUGUAAAAGAGAGCAAGGAGAUGCAGUUUCUAAUGCAGAAAUGGGCUGGAAACAGCAAAGCCAAGACUGGGAUUACAAUGUCCAAUGGAAAAGAAGGAGAAAUAUCUGUACCCUAUUUGACAUCAGUUACCGCUCUCAUUGUUUGGAUUCCUCACCGUCCAACAGAAAAGAUAGUCAGGGUGCUCUUCCCUGGAAAUGCACCGCAGAAUAAAAUUUUCGAGGGCCUUGAGAAACUGAAACACCUCGACUUCCUGCGAUACCCAGUGGCUACCCAAAAAGACAUAUCAUCUGGUGCACCUCCUCCAAUCAUCAAACAGACUAAAAUGAGAUCAAGAACUGACAGCAAAGAGAGUCUAAAGUCUUCACCCAAACCACACUCUAAAACAACAAAGAAGGAAACCAGUGGGCAGGAGGAAGAGUCCAAGAGUGACAUCACUAAAGAGAACAAAGUAGAAAAGAAGGAAGAGAAGAAACUCAAAAGUGAAAGUCUAAAAGCCACCAAACAACAGAAAAACAGUGAGGUGGCCCCUGUGGCAGUCAAGAUGGAGAAAAAGAAAAUAUCCAAGGAAAAAGCAGCCAAGCAUGAGAAAGUGUCCAAGAUGGAUGAAAAGAAGGACAAAGAGAAAAAAGAAAUUAAGAAAGAGAAACGCGAAGUAAAGAAAGAUGAAAAUAUUAAAAAAGAAGACAAAAAAGAAAGUAAAGCCAAGGAGGAUAAAAAGAAGGACCCAAGUAAACCGGAGUUGAGAAGAAUCACUAAACCUGACCUGAAACCGCUCACCCCGGAAGUGAGAAAAACUCUGCAUAAGGCUAAGGCUCAGGCUAAGCCCAAGACAGACAAAAAUAAAGCAGUUAAAGAGCAAGCAAAUGAGAAAAAGCCGGUCCCAAAGAACAUCCCUGAGGAGAUCGCAGCAGCAGCUUUGGCUGACAGGUCCAUUGUGUCCUCCCCAGAGGACCUCACUGAGGAUUUUGAAGCUCUGAAACAAGAAGAGCGGUCCAAAGUUAAGAGUGAGCCUAUCCAGAAUGAUGUGAUGUUUGGGCAUUCACUGUACACAGAUACUAAAGUUCCUUCCUUAGUUUUCACUGAUGAGAAAGUCUCAUCCUCAACCACUGAGAUCAAAUCUUCUUCACCCAAAUACCCUGUUAAUCAGGAAGAAGACAACAAGGACAAGGGUGCAUCAGUACAGGAGGUUACAGCCACUGAGAAGAAGGAAGCAGGCGAUGGCUUUGCCAAGAAAUACGAAGAGGAGAAAAUGGAGAAAUAUGACAAAUACCCCAUAAAGGACGACUUCAGAGAUAGAUCAAAGAAGAGUGACAGCUCAGAGGAGGAGGGUGAUGUAAUUGAAAAAGCCGACCUUGAAGGAACGGAAGAUGACGAGGUCCUGAAAUAUAAAACAGAGGAGGCAAAAAAGGAAAAAACUGGUAAGGAUUGGGACACCAAGCCAACUGAGACAAAACCUUUAUCAACCGGAGCAGCCUCCGCCUCAGAGCAAUUCUCCUUCAUCCAAGACGAGACCAUUCCCGGCUUCUCUGAGACUGAACAGACCAUCUCUGAUGAGGAUAUCCAUGAGGAACCAGAAGAUAGGAUCCCACAGCUGCACUAUGAUGUGGGCUCCUAUGACAUAUCUGUCCCUGACGUCCCUGGUACCUUUGACUCUAUGCACGGGAUAAAAGAGAUGAAGUUCUCUGCCGUGUCUGAGGUCAAACCUAAAGCCUUCAUGGGAGGUCACGAGCAUGAGCUCGCACCUUACCCUGCCAUCAUUGCUGCUCCUCUUGCAGAGGAGGAGCACAUCUCCUCAGCAACAUCCAUCACAGAAUAUGACAAACUGUCAUCCUUUGCCACGUCUGUAGCCGAGGACCAGUCGAUAGCAUCUGUGACAGCACCUCAGACCGAAGAGGUUGGGAGGAACUCUCUCAUGCUAGACACCAUCAACAGUAUCCCCUCACGUGCUGAGGCCGCCCAAGGGAAAGACUAUCUCCACUCAGCAGGAACCAUCUCACCCACCUCCUCUUUGGAGGACGACAAGUGCUUUAAGUCUCCUUCCUCUGAUGAAUACCAGCCCAACAUUCCUGAGAUGGAGACCGAUGCAAAGAUCAAAUCAGUCCACGAAGAAGAAGACGAUGAGGAAGACGAGGAUGAGGACCAGACUCCAAACGUUGACAUCCCUCUGGGUAAACUCCAAGACGGCUACGAACAUGCAGCCUUGAUGAUGCUCCAGGAGAAGCAGAAAUCUCCCUCUGCCACUUUUUCUCCUCCUCCUCCUCUCUUCUCUACAAUGCAGUACUCUCCCACACAGGAUAUCAAAGAAAACCAGUCUCUCUUUAGCUCAGAGGGAUUUAAGACUGGUGCUGAUAUAAAGCUUGUUUCACCCCCUCCAUCUUUCUCCCCUGGCUUAGACUUAGAGUCCCACUCCAGGCAGGAGAGUGAGGAAAGAUGUUUAAGUCCAGAUGACAGCACCAUGAAACUGGCUUCACCCACACAGUCUGUGCCUACAAGUAGUGGCUACUCUCCAACAGAAGAGAAACCCUUUAAGAUAGAAGACAAAGAUGAAGCAGUGAUCGAUGUUAAAGCUGACACCCAGAAAUCCAUUAUCUCAGACAGUAAGGCCUUUAUUGGUCUGAAAGGUGACAAGACAGCUUCAACAUCUGAAGAGUCGGAAGAAUCCACUGAAGACAAUGAGGAGGAAGAUGACUAUUACACCAAAAAGGAUCUACAACCCGCGGUUAAGGCCAAGCUUAUGGAGGCAAAAGAGGGGUGCUUCUUGGACGACGACUUUGCUUCUGAGGCAAAAUCUGCAAAGACAGAAACAGAAGUCAAGGCCUCAGACAAGACACAAGUGUCUUGCACCACAGAGGAGAAACCAAUACCUCAAGUGAUGUACUCAGAUGAAGAUGAAGAUGAAAAAGAUGCUGAUGAUUUCCCAAGCGGGGUAGGGUCAAAUAAGCCCUUAUCAACAGAUCAAAGCAAAGACGAAGGUACAGAGAAAACAGAUGUUGAUUCUAAAGAGGCUGAGAAAAGUGUUCAUUUCAGUCUCUAUAACUUUCCAGAGAAGGCGAGCAAAGAAAAGGCAUUGUAUAUAAGACAGGACACGCCCUAUGUGCAUGGCAAAACAUUCUCUUACAGUGACAUUUACGGCUCAGUGGACUCUGAUUCAUAUCGUCAGGAGUCCUUAGAUAAAGUUGAGAAGGACACUGAAAAGGGUGAAAUGGAUUCACAGAACCCAAAGCCCCCAUCCCCGGUAACAGCCGCAGACAAGAUGUCAGAGAAGGAGGAAUUCACCGUCUCCUAUGGAAAAGAUUCCACCCCCUCAUCGUGGCUUGACUCCACGAGCACAUCUGCUAUACCUCCAUUUGCAGAGGUAAAAGGAAAGGAAACAUUUGAUUACAGCACAGGUAGCCGUUUCCCUUCAGUGGCUGAUAGACCCGAGGCCUCGUCCACUUCUUUAUCAUCAGAAAAAGAUGCCUCUUUCAAAAGCCAGACUGACGGCACAAAGCCCCAGACAUACUCCUCAAUGACAGCAUUUGUUGUAGACAAACAUACUGCUACAGGCUACGGCGAGAAAGGAGCAAGUUUGGAGAUUGAUAUGCGAAAACUAACAGCAAGGGAUGAGGAGGACUAUGAUGAUGAUGAAGUUGUUGAUGAAUAUGAUGAGGAUGAGGAUGAGGAAGACGAAGAUGAGGAGGACAACGAUGACGAAAGUGCUGUUGAUUCUGAUAUGGAGAAAGGCGCCACAGAGAAAUCUGAGAAAGAAGUAAAAAGUCCAAUCAGUGAAAUGUUUGGCUCAACUAGGCCUGAAUUUAUGGUUUCUAUGGCUGGAUAUGGCUAUAACAGCCAGGGGAAGCCGAGCAGCUCUAGCUCACUCACAAAGGCUGAACACGAAGCUAAGAUUGACUCCUCAUCCUUCAGUGGACAGCCAAUGGAUUUAGGAGCGACGGGUAUCUCUGGCUACUCCUCAGGGUUUGAGUACUCAUAUGCGAAAGGUGAGAAAGACUCAUUUUUAUCAAGUCAAACCACAGACAAAGGUAAAGAAGAUUUCUCUUUGAAAUCAACAGAGGACAGUUAUUACCAGAAUGACAGGGCUGAUCCUGAUUUUGAGAAACAGAAGACACCAGAACCUUUGAGCAAGAGAUCACUGGACUCAAGCUUUCAGUACACAACCACUGCUGCCCCUGGGUACUCCUCCUCUUCAGCCUAUAGCUACUCCUCCUCCACCUCGGGCUCCCUUUCCACCAGCCGUCAGUUCGGAGAGGAGCUCGAGACGCCUGCCGAGCCUCUCUUUGAGUACUCCUCCUUUAAAGAUGAACAAUCACUUGUCAUGGAUUCUUCCUUCUCUGGCUCUGCUGGCGCUAAAGACGACUAUCUAGAAGUGUCUGAAAAACACAUCACGGCUACAACCACAGCUGAGUCGACCCCCAGUUUAGCCCGCUUCUCACCUCCCAGCCCAUUUGAGGAGAUCAAAACUUUCCCCUCACUCUCGUCCACAGCCUUUGCAGAGGACAAGAAGGAGCAUACAGCUUCAUCAGGUGGAGUUACAGACAAAGGCCCUCAAUCUGACUGCUUCUAUAAGCCUGAAUGGUCUGAAGUGUCCAAGCUGGACACAGCUGUUGGGUUUAGGGCCUCAGCAGGACCAUUUGCUCAACCUGCAGAGCUUUCCAAGGACAAAGAGGCAGCUAGCGCCGCUCUGUUUGGUGUCACUUCCUCACCACGCCCUGACAUAGAAGGCAAGCAUUACUUUGAGGAGACAGACAGUAGUGAAGAAGAGGAUGAGGACGCAUAUAUGCGCGAGAUGACUCGGAGGUCACCUUCCAGCGGCCUGGCUGGUAGCCUCUCAUUUUCGGACAAGCCUGUUGCUCCACCUGCCAGUGAAAAGACAGUUGGUGCAAUCCCUGAUGUUCUUGGCUCCUACAUGCCCUCACCUCUCCAGGCCAGCACGCCAGACACAGUCAACGGCCCCACAGAGGUCAGUUCAAGCGCCACCCUCCCUGCUGGAGCAGCAGCCAGUGGUGCAUCUUCAGGCCCAGCAAAAGUGGAGCCCAGAGAGGGAGCAGCAGCUUACAAGAGCUCCUUUGAGUGGGAGAUGUCAAAGCCCCAGAUGGGGAUGGUGCCCGGAGACUCUCCUCCUCAUUACCGUCAUGAUGAUGAGUUUGAAGAGGAGUGUGAGAUGGAGCCAGAGCACCCUGCUCGCCCGCUGUCACUCACUUCAACCGAUCAGCCAUUUCACUCUCCAUUCUACGCUGAAGAGUGCAGCCGAGGAGGCCAACAUGACGAAGAUGAUGAUGAUGAUGACGACAGCGAUCAGGACCUCGCUGGUGAUGUGCCCAUGGGAGCCACCUCCUCUUAUACCAGCCGCAGCUCUCCUGGAUAUUCCUCCUCCGAGUACAGGCAACCCAAACAGGAUCUCUCACCUUCCUUCAUCAACCCAUGCAUGAGGCAUGUAUCCAGUGACGAGGAUGAUGAGGAGCAUGGUCGCAGAAGUGACCAAUCGCAGGAGGCCGAUGAGCACGAUUUGUCGGUCAAGAGACGGGUUCACAAACAGCCCCAGCAUCACCAGUCUAACAGCAGGGACAGCAGCUCUCUGCACCAAGCUGGUGGCAUAACACCAGGGCUGGCUCUGGCCACAGAGGAUACACCGCCCACCUCCGUCAGCGAGUCUUUAGCCUCUCAGUCAGACUCUGAUGUGCCUCCAGGCACUGAGGAAUACCCCUCGGCCACCGGUGAGGGGAACAUGGACUCAGAUGAGGAUGCAGACUACAUGCCUGUCGACAAAUUAUCUGCCACAGGAGGAGGCAGCCAUAAUUCCUCUAGGGUGAGCAAUGACCCUCCUCCUACUCCCCUCAUGGACCCCUACCCCCACCCCCCACGUCCAGACGUUUGCAUGGUGGAUCCUGACUCUUUGGACAAUGGCUUAGUUAAGAAAGAGCCAAAAGCCAAGGGAUUAAAGAAGACUUUGGGGAAAACCAAAUCAGCAUCUCCGGCCAGGCGCAAGAGGUCUCCCAUGCCAGUCAAGCAGACGCCGUCUCCUCGCAGCGCCUCGCUGAAGAAGAAGGAGGCAGACAAGAGCUCACGGAUGUCUCGUCUGUCAGAUGGACAAGGCUCCAAAGACGAUGACCUCUCAAGGUCCAGCUACAACCCUGGCAAGGGCCUGACUAAUGGUGUCAAGAGCAGUUCAGGCUCACAGAAGUCCGGCUCUGCAGCUGCUUCUGGCCUUCCUAUUUAUGUGGACUUGGCCUACAUUCCCAACCACUGCAGUGCCAAGAAUGUGGACCAAGAGUUUUUCAAACACAUUCGCUCUGCAUACUAUGUGGUGAGCGGGAACGAUGCAGCAAGUGGUGAACCAAGCCGGGGAGUCCUCGAUGCACUGCUGGAUGGCAAAGCUCAGUGGGGCUCAAACCUACAGGUGACGCUGAUCCCCACCCAUGACACGGAGGUGACCCGUGACUGGUAUCAGCAGACUCAUGAGCGGCAGCAGGAGCUCAACAUCAUGGUCCUGGCCUCCAGCAGCACCGUCGUCAUGCAGGACGAGUCUUUUCCCGCCUGCAAGAUUGAGUUUUAAGACCCUUGUCUCCUUUCUCCCUCCUCCUGGCCUCCCCAGUGUAGAUCUGGUUUUAAUUGCUCUUCUCUAUAGCCUGAUAUGCAAAUCUGCCUCUGCUUUUGGGAAUUUAACCGUAAGCAGAAACAGACCUGGAUAACUGUCUAUUUUUUAUAGAUUUUUAUUCAUUUAUAAGCUUGUUGUGGCUAUCACCAUUUGUAUUACAAAGGUAGUUUUCUGACUAUGUCCUCCACUACAUUAUUAUUAUUUCUCAGACCUGUGAAAUGAAGUUUGUUUUUUUAUGUUCCUUAACUUGUCUUUUUUCCAAACCCUGUGAGACAAUGAAGUCUUAGUUUAUUGGCCGGGACAAAAUGCCCAUUGUCCUGUACAAACAAAAAGAGCAUCAUAUAGGAAACAACAUAAAAUGAACGUUUGGUUGCGUGUCUUCUAAUUGGCCUACAUCAAAGCACAAGUUUGCACACCUUAAAGCCAGCAACACAAUGAUUUUCUUCCACUGAAUCCCAAACAUUAAGCCUUUCACAAUAAAGGUGAACAAUUUAAUACAUUUGCCGAUAGAAAAGAAUCAUUACAGGCCAAUUGUGACCAGCUGUACUUAACUUCCCUCUAUUUUCCCUUUCUGUCUUUCUUCUAAAACAAUGACAGUCUUUGUGCCUCCUACUGACAUAGAGAGAUAGAAAACGUUCCAUUUGUCUUUUGAGUACAUUUGCCGUAGCAUAGGGAAGACCAUAUUCAAAAAUCUGUAUUGUAGUGAAUUAGGAUAUUUCUACGGUGAUCUCAAAGUGAGUAUCAAUUGUUACAGUAAGAUUUUCUCGGUGGCUGUUAUUUGUUACGGUGGAUUUGACGAAUACGUUUCUCUCUAUAAUUGUUUCUGUAGUCUUUGAUGUAUUUUUUCAGUGUAUUUCCAUAUCGUUGCAGAGGAUCAUAAGAACUGAAGGCAGAGCCGGUGAUACAAGUACAGAAUCAUCAUCCUGAUCUUUGGAUUCUUCCCGUUUAUAUCUUUACAUACCGAACAGCACUCAAAGCUCAUACUGUAAGAGGAAAGUCGACAAACCUCACAUCUGUUGCUGCGUCUCAAAGAUCUUUAUACAAAAGCUGUGUUAAAGAACGUAGAAUGUAUUCCACUACAACAAUAGGAACAUGUGGUUACGAGGAGAGAUUGUGUUUGCCUGGUGAACUAAGGUGGUCGGUUCGAUUGAUGGUUAGAGGUUAGACUGUCACCCACAUGUGCCUUUCUGUCCUGCUGUGCUGGAAGGGAAAUUAAAUGUGUGUUUUUGUCGUACAAUUUAAGGUGUGUGCGGUACAUCCACGGCUCUGCGGCGGAAGCUUCGGCGAGCUGGUCUCCUCUGUUGUCGUGAGUUUUUGUCGGUGAGAACGUCAGUGCACAAAAAGGUCCGAGUUGUACAUAUUGAGCAUACAAUGGCACUUUUAAAGCACCACCUCAGUAUUUCAGACGGUGCGUUUUAGAUUUCCUGGAGCUGCCACUCGAAGAAGCACAAACAAUAACCAGUGUGCAAAACUUAAAGCAAAGUCUUAAAUUUAGCAACAUAAAACAUAGAAUUACAGCAUCUGCACUGAAAACCUGUGCUGUUUUGUUCUUUUCUGGUUACUUUUAAUUAUUGGAGAAAAUAUAGUUUGUCUUGAGUUCAACGUUUUUAAAUUGUAUCAUUUAACUGGCAACUUUGAUUUCAUUCAGUGGCAAAUCAGUAGAUGUUUUUAAGUAACUCUUUAUUAACUUAAUAUUAUGUGUAGAUGUGCUUUUAAUUUGAUAUUGAUGAUUUUAUAUUUUGAUAAGUUUUGAGUACUUUUUAACCAGGAACAAAUAUAACUAUCCAACAAUAUUAAAGGACCAACACGCCUCACCAGGUUUGCUAUUUUAUGAUCCACAGUAAAGAUCAGAUAUUCCUCUGUAUGAUAUUUUAUUCCCUCGACUUCUCUAGUGAUGCAUGUACAACAGAUGCAUGUACAUAAAGGUGAUGGCUCUUUAACAAGCAGGGAGCCCGAACCUCAGCGGCUCCAGUUGAUUUGAAUGUGAAGAUGCAGAUUACCUUUACGUUCUCAGUGGAGGACUUUAAUCUCCUGGUUGCCUUGGUUACUGUGCAUCAUAUGGUAGAUCUGACUCAUCGCUCACACCGGCAGUAAAAACCGUCCUGUUGUAGCCUGCAAUACAUCUCGACUCGUACGAGGAAGAAAACUUUGUGUGCAGAUUAAACCCACCACCGUUUCUUUCUCUGGAUGACACACAUCAUGAUUUUCUGUCACAUUAAAAUGUCAAAAACAAGUUACACACAGUGAGGAGAUGAUGAUGCAGCUCCUGUUUCCUGCUGAUUUAAAAAGAUCCAGAAACAGCUUAUUUUUUCUUUAAAAAAAAAAAGGGGGUUAUCGGUGAUGUCAGAUUUUUCCUGUUAACCCACUCUGUCAAUGCAUUCCUGUUUAAUACUGCAUCACUGUAAAGGCUGCUAAUAACUAAUAAACACUUCUCACAUAUGAGCAGACAAUUCAAAACCCAGACUGCCAGACACUCAUGUUAACACAUUUCUAUAUAUAGAGGAUUUCCUAUUAUCCACACUCUUUUUCCAAACCAAGCUUAAUACACGCAAAAAAAAAAAGAAAAUAUACAAUAUCUGUGGCAUUCAGACUCGUCUGCCGUGAAACAAAUCAUCAUAA